AUGUCAGGAGGAGGACCAUCUCGCUCCGCCGGCAAACGCCCCCGUCAGGAAGACGACGACGACGAUCCCAAUCAAAAUCUACCAGCAAAGAGGGAGAGGUUUCCGAAGAAAAAGAAAGGGAAGCAAGUAGAUGUAGUAGUGGAGCAAGUAAUUACUGAGGAGAAUGUGAAUGACUUGUCGAACCCCGUUGUUGCUGCCAAAGAGCGAGUGAAACGCAGGAAUCAAAUUACUGCUGAGCUUUUGAGUGAAGAGAAUUCGGCAGCUGAAGUGACUUAUAAGGAUUAUGAGGAUUUUGUUGAUGAUGGGAUUCAAAUUGAGCCUUUCAACCUAGAUAAAGAAAGGGAAGAAGGUUAUUUUGACGCAUCCGGAAAUUUUGUUGAAUAUGUAAGAGAUAAUGAGAUUAAGGAUGCAUGGCUUGAUAAUGUUGAGGUUGAUCCUAGAUAUGCUGAAUUAAGCUCUGCAACAAAAAAUGAUGAAGAGGAGGAGGUCCAAGAACUUUCUUCUAAAGACGUGGCAAUCAUGAAGAGGCGCAUUGCAGAUGUUCUUGAAUCAGAGGAAACAGUCUUACAAUGUUUGAGAAGGUUAAAAGGUAGCGGUGAUAGAAAGACAAAAAUGUCUGGUGAGACUAAGAUUGUGUUUGACCAGCUAACUGAGGAUGCUUCGAAGCUUAUGGAGAAUGGUGAAUACAAUGUUUAUCAUGAAAGUAAAGAGGUUUUUGAGCGCGAAGCAGAAGGAUAUGAGAAAUUAGCCAGGGCAAGAGGAGAAGGCACAUCCAUGGACACUCCAAAUCCACCUUUGGCUAGUGCUGAUGGUUUUGAUAUGUUUGCUGAGGAUGAUGAGCAUGCAGCCACUGAACCAUCUACAGUUGAAAAUAAUGCAGUUAGUGAACCACCAUCAGAUGCCAUCGAUUCUGGUACAGAGGGUGGAGCUUUGCAGAGCAAUUAUGUGUAUGACGAAUCUUCUGGGUAUUAUUACAGCAGCAGCUUGGGCUAUUAUUAUGAUCCAAAUACAGGGCUUUAUUGCUCUGCAGAAUCAGGGAAAUGGUACUCAUUUAAUGAAGAGACUGGCACCUAUGACGAAGUUAACGAGGUUGCGUCCAAUUUGAGUUGA